AUGGGGAGCUCAGUGAAGGCGAUUAAGCUGGAACUGAGACAUGUCCUCGUUCUAUCGUUCCUCAUUCGAAUAGUCGUCAUCAGUCUGUUGAGUGUUCUACCGACAUUCAUCCACCCAUUCGACGCUUCGCAUUCUCUCUUGGAUCCAGAUGCGCCAGGAACCCUACGAUGGGACGCUAUCCACUACACGAGGAUAGCCUUGGAGGGUUAUCACUAUGAGCAGCAUCUGGCAUUCAUGCCGGGGUAUAUGGGUCUGAUGAGAGGUGCAGGCGAGAUCGUGGCGAGAUUUGCGGGUAGAAACGUCGGAAUCAAUGAUGUCGUAUGGGGAGGAAUGGCUGUCAACUUGCUGGCGAGCAUGGGAUCAACGACAAUACUCUAUAACUUGACCAUGCGCAUCGCCUCGAAAGAAUUCGCAAUCAUUACUUGUAUCUUUUAUUCUUUCCCUCCAUCCCCUGCUGUCCUCGUAUCUCCAUACACUGAGCCGACUUUCGCACUCUUUACACUACUCGGAGUUGACCUGGCCCUGAAGCGUCGCAACUUUUUGUCAGCCCUUUCGUUGGCCACCGCUACCAGUAUCAGAGCGACAGGCAUCUUCGGUGCCCUCGUCCCAUGUGCACUGCUCAUGUCCCCACGAGGGGUACCGACCUGGGCGGACUUGAGACCCAAAAGACUCAUUCAUCGACUCUUUUACGCUGUGAUCCUCAGUCUGAUUGUCGCUUCGCCAUUUAUCGCCUUUCAAGUAUACGCAUACCGAUCGUUUUGCGUGCCCUCACCUACCAGACCCUGGUGCUCUGCUAAAUUACCGCUGGCAUAUUCUUUCGUGCAAGCAGAGUACUGGAACAAUGGCUGGCUGAACUACUGGACCCUCCAACAAUUGCCUAAUUUAAUCAUUGCACUGCCGGUCCUCAUUCCAUCAUACUGGGGUAGCUACAAAUACCUCUCCUACCAUUCGGUCAAAGCCAUAGCUUCGAGCGGUUUUGCAGUGUCACGCACUGACUCUGGACAAGUUAUCAUGGACUCCCGACUCUUCCCUCUUCACGUUCAACACCUCCUGCUCACCCUUCUACUCACGUUCGCCUCGCAUACCCAGAUCACCCUCCGCGUAUGUGUGACCGAUCCAGUGGUGUGGUGGAAUAUCGCGACGCUGGCUUUCGACUGGAAUGAGAGUGCAGACUCCCGCAAGCUAACGCGCUUUGGCAAACUCUGGAUCUGGUGGGUCGUCCUCUGGGGAUCGUUGUCCAUCGUCCUAUGGUCAGCACACCUUCCUCCUGCUUGA